AUGAACAUGUCCACCAUGUCCGUCUGCUCUGACGCUUACACUGACGCCUCCUGGCAGGUAGACGACUGCCCAGAGAGCUGCUGCGAGCCCUGCUAUGCCCCCAGCUGCUGCCAGCCCAGCUGCUGUGCCCCCAGCUGUUGUGCCCCAGCCUCCUGCCUGACUUUCAUCUGCUCCCCAGUGAGCUGUGUGUCCAGCCCCUGCAGUCAGUCAGUCUGCACCAGCUGCUGCACGCCCUCGUGCUGCCAGCAGUCUAGCUGCGAGCCCUCUUGCUGCUCCUCCUCCCCCUGCCAGCAGUACUUCUGUGUGCCCGUGUGCUGCAAGCCCGUCUGCUGCCAGCCAAGCUGCUGUGCCCCCAUCUGCACCAGCUUCUGCACGCCCUCGUGCUGCCAGCAGUCUAGCUGUGUACCCGUGUGCUGCAAGCCUGUGUGCUGUGUGCCCAUGUGCUGCAAGCCCGUGUGCUGUGUGCCCGUCUGCUCUGGAGAUUCCUCCUCAUCCUGCCAGCAGUCUAGCUGUGAGCCCUCUUGCUGCACCUCGUCCCCCUGCCAGCAGUCCUGCUGUGUGCCCGUCUGCUGCAAGCCCUUGUGCUGUGUGCCCGUCUGCUCUGGGGAUUCUUCCUCAUCCUGCCAGCAGUACUUCUGUGUACCCGUCUGCUGCAAGCCCUCCUCCAGUCCCAGCUGCUGUGGCCCAGCAGCCUCCAGUGUGUCCCUGCUCUGCCGCCCUGUGUGCAAGCCUGCCUGCUGUGUACCUGAUUCCUCCUGCUGUGCCUCCUCCUGCCAGCCCAGCUGCUGCCGCCCAGCAGCCUCCUGUGUAUCCCUGCUAUGCCGCCCUGCCUGCUCCCGCCCAGCCUGCUGUGGGUCCUGCUGCUGA